UCGCAAAGAGAGAUGCCCGGAGAGAGAUCCCCUUGAGAAGCUUCUUAGUUCACCAAUACCCGGCUUUUCUUCUACGCACGACUUCAUCUCCGUCUUCUGGAGCAUCUUUGUUCUUCCUGGAUUUUACUAGCCGUACUUGUUCAGGAGAAACGAAUAAGGUAGAUAGAUAGGCAGAGAAAAGGAGUGUAUAGCAAGAUGAGGGCAGCGUUGAGCACGAUCCAACAGACGCUGACGGAUGAGGCGGCGGCGUUACUCAGCCAGGCCAUCGGUGAAGCGGCGCGACGUCGACAUGGACAAACCACUCCACUACACGUGGCAGCCUCCCUGCUUUCUUGCCCCUCCGGCAUCCUCCGUGAGGCCUGCGUCCGCUCCCACCCCCACUCCUCCCACCGCCUCCAAUGCCGCGCACUCGAUCUAUGCUUCUCCGUCGCACUCGACCGCCUCCCUUCCUCUCUUCCGAGCAACACUGAGUCCUCCUCUUCUUCCGUUACAGAGCCGCCCAUCUCCAACGCUCUGUUGGCGGCUUUGAAGCGCGCGCAGGCCCACCAGCGCCGCGGCUGCCCUGAGCAGCAGCAGCAGCCUCUCCUCGCCGUUAAGGUUGAGCUAGACCAGCUCGUCCUCUCAAUCCUUGACGACCCGUCUGUUAGCCGCGUCAUGCGAGAGGCAUCCUUCUCAUCUCCUUCCGUCAAGGCCAGCAUCGAGCAAUCCCUCUCCUCGCCUUCGAAUACCUCGAUCUCCCAAAUCGCAUUCUUUUUGCCUUCCCAUUCCUCGUCGACCAACGGAACAAACCCGUAUAGCAAUCCUCAGUUUCACGACCGUCCGGAUGAGGUCAAGCGCGUGCUUGAAAUCAUGGCUCGCGGCCAAAGACGCAACCCUGUUCUUGUCGGCGAUUCCGAUCCCCGGCCGAUUCUAAAAGACGUACUCCGCCGGAUUGAAUCCGGAGCUGACCCGCUCGUCCCGGCGUCGCUCCGCGGCGCGCAAGUUUUUUCCUUGGAAAAGGAUUUCGCUGAGCAGUCACGGAUUCUUGCCAGGAUUAGAGAAUUGGGGGCCUCGAUUGAAAGCAGGGCUGAAGAGGUCAGCGUUGUGCUUGACCUUGGGGAUUUAAAAUACAUGGUUGAAGGAGCUGGUUCGGCGCAGCACCAUCAGCCUAUUGUAGCCUCAGAGACUGUCCGGUCGGCGGUGGUGGAGAUGACGAACCUCUUAAAUCGGUUCAACAACGGCAGCAGCCAGCGUAUUUGGCUCGUAGGCUUGGCGACUUGCGCCACCUAUCUCCGAUGCCAGGUCUACCAUCCCGUAGUGGAAGACAAUUGGGAUCUCCAAGCCGCUCCCAUCGCCCCAAGAUCACCGCUUCCCCAUUUGUUCCCACGGGUUGGAGCUAAUGGAAUUCUUGCCACUUCUAAGGAGACUCUGUCCCCCGUGAGGAGUUUUCCUCCUCGAAGAUCUGCGCCAUCUCUUGACAGAAGCGACUCCUCCCAAAAAUCUUCCCUGUGCUCUCUCUGCAUGGAGGACUACGAGCGCGAGCUUGCGAAGCUUGUUGCAAUGGAGUUUGAAAGAUCAUCUUCGGCGACGAAGGAAAAAUCAGGAAACCCACUGCCUUCUUGGCUGCGGAUUGCAAAAGAACAAGAUCAUUCCCAGCCCAAAAAACAAGAGAUCAAAUGGAAGCAAAGGAGUGUAGAACUACUAAAGAGAUGGCAGGAGAGCUGCUCAGAGCUCCACCACCCACACUCCUCGGCUGUUCCGAUUGAUAGCAGAAAACCGACAGCUUUAUCAGUUUCCCCAUCAUUGCCCCCAACACCAAAAUUGAGUCUGCAAAUAAGCUAUUUGAAACGAGCAGCUAGCCCGCCUGAUAGCCCGGUGAAGACUGAUCUUAUUCUCGGUCAAUCAAAGCCUUCCUCCACCACUGUGGUAAAACUUCACAAAGAUCGUGUGAAGGAGUCAGAUUGUUGCCAGCAGGAUAAGCCUGAUCCGUGCAUUUCAGAAGUAGACUCCUUCAAACGGCUUUUCUAUGGACUUACUGAAAGAGUUGGAUGGCAGACUGAAGCAGCCUCAGCCAUAGCCACGGCUGUAGUUCAAUGCAAAUCUGGCCAUCGUAAGCUGAAAUCCAUUUGUUCAAAGGGAGCAAUAUGGUUGCUUUUUGAUGGUUCUGAUAGAGUUGGAAAGCUGAAGAUGGCUGCAGCUCUCUCAGAGCUAAUAUUCGUCACAACCCCAAUCACUGUUCGACUUGGAGCAUCGCCUAUUGACAAUAAUUACUCGAACUCUGAUACAGUUCUUCGUGGGAAAACUUCCAUGGAUCGAGUUGCAGAUGCUCUUUCUCGAAACCCCUUCUCAGUGAUUGUUAUCGAGGGCAUCAACAGUGCUAAUACUAUUGAUAAGAACACACUUAAGAGCGCAAUGAAGAGAGGCCGACUUCUCGAUUCCCAUGGCCGGGAGAUCAGUUUGCAAAAUACCAUCUUUAUUCUCCUCACUGAUGACCCCUCGCCUGUUCAUUACGAAGAGAAGAUUUUAGAGUCUGCAAGAACUGAAUGGCUGUUGGAGUUUGCAAUUCUGGAGAGCGUAGGUAAGCGUCAACCUGAUUGGCUCGGCAAAGAUGAACGAUCAAUAAAGAGAUCGAGGAAAUCACCACCACCAAGUCUAUCCCUUGACUUGAACCUAGCAAUUGGUACUGAGGAUGAUGAGAAUGAAGAUCCGGCCGAAGGUUCCGGCAAUUCUAGCGAUCUCACGGUGGAGCACGAGCAGGAGAAGGAAAAUAAACGGCUGGGGAUUAAAAAACUGGCUGAAACAAAAGCUUCACUACCAUCUUGGGCGGCUACCGAGCUACCUUUGCUGGUUGAUGAGAUGGUUUUGUUCCAGCCAAUUGAUUUCACUUCGGUAAAGAGAAAGGUUACAGAUUUCAUAAGAUCAAAAUUCAAAGAAAUUAUCUGCCAUGAGCAUUCGAUUAGGAUAGAGGAGGAUGCGCUUGACAAGAUCAUUUCUUUCGUUCGAUGCAAUGGGCUGGAAGGAUGGGCUGAGAUGAUGCUAGUUCCAGGUAUCCAUCAGCUCAAGACUCGCCUCAAAGCUACAGCUGAGCCUGUGACUGUUCAGCUCAUAGCAAAGAAAGUCAAUCACGUCGUCAGUAGAGAGUUACUGCCGGCGGUGGUCAGCGCCGGCAGCAUCAAAGUCAGCGGUUUAUAGGGGGUCGAUAGGUAUAUUAAAGAUUUGUAAAUAGAGCACACACACUUUGCUUGGUUCGUACCAUUCAGGAGGCUCACGUCAAGAAGGGUUGAAACCGCCCAGAAGAUGUAAAGCCUGAGGGAUCUAAUUUGACUUGUAGCUUCUUUAAAUUCGAGAUCGUGCGUCAUUUAAUGUGCAGAGGAAUUAUUUUAUUAACAGAUAAAGUUUCCCUGCGUCUA